AUGGCAAAGAAUCAUGAUCAAAUUGCCUUACUCUUCACUUUGGUUACUAAUGUGGUGAAUGUUGUUGGAGCAUCAUGUAAACAUCGAGAUAUUCUUAAGGAUAAACAAUCAGCAAAAGUUGUUGAGGCACUUAAUAUGGGAGAGCUAUCAAGUGGGCAAGGCUUAAAUCAGGAAACCAAUCUCAAACAUGCUACUGAUACACGUUGGGAUUCACACUAUGGUACUUUAGUCAGCUUGGCUAGUAUGUUUUUAACAGUGAUCAAUGUGCUUGAAAUGAUUUCAGAGGAUGGUUCAAAUUCAGAACAACGAGUAGAAACAAAUGUGUUGUUGGACUCAAUUCAAUCUUUUGAAUUUGUAUUCAAUCUUCAUUUGAUGAGAACGAUAUUGGCUAUUACAAGUGAGUUAUCACAAGCAUUACAAAGGAAAGAUCAAGAUAUUAUUAAUGCUAUGAAUUUGGUUCAACAUGAAAUUGAUGUUCCCCAAAUGGAUGAUAUGUUUGUAGCUCAAGGGAGAAGAAGGCAUAAAGCUCAAGAAAUUACAAAUUUACAUCACUAUCGCACCGAGUUAUUCUACACUAUUUUGGAUAUGCAAAUUCGAGAACUAAAUGCUCAUUUCACUAAGUCAAACACUAUGUUGCUACUUUGUGUGGCAUAUUUUAAUCCAUCCAACUCAUUCUCUAGUUUUGACAAGAAAAGUUUAAUUCAUCUUGCUGAAUUUUAUCCAAAUGAAUUUUCUACAGUAGAGCUCAUGGUGUUUAAUGAUCAAUUUGAUACAUAUAUUGUUGACAUACUCUCUAGUAGUGAGUUAUCAUGGUUGAAUGGAAUUGCCAAUCUUGCUAAGAAAAUGGUGGAGACUGGAAGAGAUAAAGUAUAUGCAUUGGUUUAUUUGCUCUUGACUUUAGCAUUGAUCUUUCCUCUUGCAACUGUUAUUGUUGAGAGGGUAUUUUUCAGCUAUGAAUAUUAUGAAGAAUCAGUUGUGGAAUCGAAUGGGUGA